AUGGAGAAAACUGAUAAGAAAAGGAGAGGAGAAGCGGUGGAGCUACAGAGAAAGGGUAACCACGGGGCUGAGAAAGACCUAUGGCUGAUGGAGCGGGACCAACUUCCCCCUGUAAGCCAAAUGCCCCUUGGAGGUAACCCAGAGAUGCUAAAACAGGCCACAGAAAACCAUAGUAAAGACCUAGGACAGGGCGCUGGGACAUCAUGCGCAAAUGUGGACUGUGACAGGAAAAGAAAACGGAAGGAGAGCAAGAAGCAGGUGAAGGGCCAGGCCAAGAAGGUAAGGAAAGAAAGUAAAGGCAGGGACAGAAAGCGUAAACGAAACCAAAUGGAGGGACAUGGCGAUACGAAGAAGAGGCGAGAUGAGGCCAGUUCCCAACCAUCUAAAUCGGACAUUCCUUUGAAACGCCUUCUGUUCCAUGGCCUGUUGGGAAAGGGCGGUUUCGGCAAAGUCAUGCUGGCUACCGACACCAUCAGCAAAAAGUUCUUGGCCGUUAAAAUGAUCAAGAAGAAGCAACUUCUUGAGGACAGGAGCAGCAUUAUGGUGGAGAGGCGCGUGUUGGAAGCGGCAGUGGGGAGCCCAUUCUUGACCCACAUGCAUGCCGCUUUCCAGACAGAGGACUCCCUGCUCUUCGCCAUGCAGUUCCUAAAUGGAGGAGACCUGGAUAAGCUUCUUGCUACUUUUGGCAGACUUGACCCCAACAUCACCACGUUCUUCGCUGCCGAACUAGUCUGUGGUUUGCGGUAUCUCCAUAGCAAGGGCAUCGUCCAUCGGGAUUUGAAGCCAGAGAAUGUGCUGUUGGACAACGAGGGUCAUCUUAAGAUAGCAGAUUUUGGUCUGGCUGUGGAGAACAUGUUCGGAGAGCAGACGGCUCACGGUUUGGCUGGGACCCUGGGAUACAUAGCCCCGGAAAUGUACCGAGGUAAGAGGUAUAAUGCCUCUAUAGACUGGUGGGCCUACGGGGUUAUACUGUAUGAGAUGGCCACGGGAGACAUACCAUUCUACGGCGGGACAGACAUUAAAGAGGUGGCCAGAUCGGUCAUCAAGGACACACCGCUGUACCCUGACCAUCUCAGCCCUGAGACCAAAGACCUCAUAAAGAAGAUGCUGUGCAAGAAACCCUCCAAGAGGCUGAAAGAAGCUGCCACCAUCCACUUCCAUCCCUUCUUUCAGUUUAUUGAUUGGGGAGACCUUGAGGCGGGAAGAGUAGCUCCUCCGUUCUUCUUCCUCCCACCAUCUCCAGAGAGCUUGAUGCUGGCAUUGAGACCGGAGAAAGGGUUUUUACCUCCUGAGGACCUGGGGACCCCCAUUAACCCUGAAGAUCAGAAAUUGUUCCAUGGGUUUUCCUUCACGGGUGCACAAUGGAACAAUUCAACAUCUUCUCGGCAGGAACCACGCAGUAUGUCUGCUUUCAACUUGUGGGAGAACAUACUACCUUCUAUCCCGCUGCUACAGCAAGACCAACUGCUGUACCCUGGCAUCCCGCCGCUACAGCAAGACCAACUGCUGUACCCUGGCAUCCCGCCGGUACCACAAGACCAACUGCUGUACCCUGGCAUCCCGCCGGUACCACAAGACCAACUGCUGUACCCUGGCAUCCCGCCGGUACCACAAGACAACCUGCUGUACCCUGGCAUCCCGCCGGUACCACAAGACCAACUGCUGUACCCUGGCAUCCCGCCGGUACCACAAGACCAACUGCUGUACCCGGGCAUCCCGCCGGUACCACAAGACAAACUGCUGUACCCUGGCAUCCCGCCGGUACAUCAAGACAAACUGCUGUACCCUGGCAUCGCGCCGGUACAACAAGACUAA